AUGAGUAUCGCACAGUUCGAGGAGGACAAGGCUCAAUAUGUCGAGCAGCUGGAAAUAGUACUUUCUUCCCUCAAGGACGACCCCGAUAGUGUGGAACUGCAGGCGCUGAAGGAAGAAUUAGAAAGUGCCAUAUCCAUGAUUGAAGAGUCCAUCGCCGAGCUCCGACCAAAGAAGACGCAAGCACCACCGCCUCCCCCACCCAAAGCCGCCAGCCCGCCACCGCAGCCCGAGAAAUGGCGAAAGGAGGACCACCCGGCCUUCAAAAAGGCCGCGGCGCCCGAACCUGCCGCGCCCCCGCCGCCGCCCGCCGCGGAGGAGUUCCAGCCCGACGUGACGUAUCAGGUCAACGACAACGUGCUGGCAAAAUGGAUGAGCGGCGACAAGGGUUUCUACCCGGCGCGCAUCACGUCGGUCACGGGUUCGUCGUCGGCGAGGAUGUACACGGUCAAGUUUAAGAGCUACGGCACGGUCGAGACGCUGCGGUCGCAUGACAUCAAACCUGUCACCGCGCCCGCACAAAAGAGGAAGGCCGACGGGACGCCUGUGAAUGCCAGUGGCGCUGCUCCGCUGCCUCCGACGGGGCCGCCAGUUCCACCCUCGGAACCAUAUGGUGCCGACGCCUCACAGCCGCCCCCUCCUCCGCCGCAGAGCGCAGCGGCGAUGAGGAACAGCAGUGGUGUCGUCCUGUCUGCCUCGCCUAGCUUGUACCCGCAGAAACCUCAGGAUGGUGGCGAGGGGGCCGCCGACGCGAAACCGGUCAAGAAGUUCAAGAAGAUCAAGGCUACCAAGGAGCUCGAGGCGGGCAAGAACAAGUGGCAGGACUUUAACGCCAAGUCCAAGUUUGGCAAGUCUCAGAAGAAGGACAGCAUGUUUAGGACGCCGGAGGGUGUUCAUGGGAGAGUUGGGUUCACAGGCUCAGGCCAGGCCAUGCGGAAGGAUGCCAGCAGGAGCCGUCACAUUUAUCAACCCAAUGAGGACGCGGACUAA